CGCGUUUUUCUCGUGAUAGCGUAAAUACGUGCGUCACGCAUAAAAAUUCAUCGGGAGCGAAACUCUUCGUUACACCGAUUUUGUCGUUCGAUCGACUUGGGAACCCGCGUGCUCGGUAACAUCUAUGCGAAAGUGGAAAGCUCGGUGAGGCGGUCUUUGUUCGCGAAGCGUCCACGGCACGCGCCUUGCCUUUUAAAAUACUCCGCUCGCUGAUCUAUUCAAUCGCAUACUCCCAGUCCUACUGUAGACGCCAUUUUGAAAUUCGUGUGAAUUCCGCAUGGGUGUUUUAUAUUAAUUUAUAUUCUUUGAAUUGACGAACGAACGCACGACUUUUACCUCUACAAACACACGCAACAAAUUGCGUGAAAAAGUUGUCUGCAUGCGUUGCGAGGCUUGAAAUCAGUCGCGCAGCAAGAGUGGUUUAAUAUAACACUAACUACUUAACAUACCGUGAAAAUGGUUAAGGAGACUACAUUUUAUGAUGUAUUAGGCGUGAAGCCUGGAUGCUCGCAGGAAGAUUUGAAGAAGGCCUAUAGAAAGCUCGCUUUAAAGUAUCAUCCUGAUAAAAAUCCUAAUGAAGGAGAAAAGUUUAAACAAAUUUCUCAAGCGUACGAAGUAUUGUCAAAUCCGGAGAAGAAGCGUAUCUAUGAUCAAGGUGGUGAGCAAGCUUUGAAAGAAGGUGGCAUGGGUGGUAGUGGCUUCUCUUCUCCUAUGGAUAUCUUCGAUAUGUUCUUUGGAGGAGGAUUUGGCGGACGAGGAGCAAGGAGGAGAGAACGCAGAGGUCAAGAUGUAAUGCAUCAAUUAUCAGUUUCCCUCGAGGAACUUUACAAAGGAACUGUGCGUAAACUGGCUCUGCAAAAGAAUGUUAUUUGUGAGAAAUGUGAAGGUGUCGGUGGAAAGAAAGGUUCUGUUGAACAAUGUUCGACGUGUCAUGGUUCCGGCUUGCAAGUACAAAUUCAGCAAUUAGGUCCGGGAAUGUUACAACAUUUACAAACCAUGUGUGCAGAUUGCAAAGGACAGGGGGAACGUAUUAAUCCCCGUGAUCGUUGCAAAUAUUGCAAUGGAAGAAAGACUAUUAGAGAUAGAAAGAUACUUGAGGUUCAUGUUGAUCCAGGAAUGGUUGAUGGUCAAAAGAUAACUUUCAGUGGCGAAGGUGAUCAGGAACCAGACUUGGAGCCUGGCGAUAUAGUUAUUCUUCUUGAAGAAAAAGAUCAUGAUGUAUUCAAGCGUUCAAGAAACGAUCUGAUUAUGCGAAUGCAACUAGAACUCGUAGAGGCAUUAUGUGGAUUCCAGAAAGUUAUCCGUACUUUGGAUGGUAGAGAUCUAGUGAUAACCUCACUUCCCGGCACUGUGACGAAACACGGUGACUUGAAAUGCAUCUUGAAUGAGGGCAUGCCGAUUUACAAAGAUCCAUUUACACACGGCAGACUUAUAAUACAAUUUAUAGUCAAUUUCCCGAAGAGCAUAGACCCAUCGCUUAUUCCAUCAUUGGAACAAUGUCUGCCGCCGAGGGAAGAGGUUAUAAUUCCAGACGGUGCCGAGGAGUGUUUACUUACUGACUUGGAUCCUGAGCAGGAGCAAAGGCGGAGAGACACGAGACAAGCGUACGAAGAGGACGAAGGAGGUCCAUCGCGAGUCCAAUGUGCCACACAUUAAUUUGAUUACACUAACCCUGUAAUAAACAUAGCCGUUUCUUUCAUUUCAAACUCUGUCCCAUUCGCUCGAUUCUGUAUCAUACUAAAGAAAGAAACAACAUGGAUAUGUAGGCCAACUAUUCAAUGAGCGAGAAAGAUAUAAUUCUACUGUUUGGACGUGUACAAAAAAAAAAACAGUGAGUACUGCAAUUAUUGAUUCUUUAAUUUUAUCAGUUAUAUCAAAAUUAUACAAUUUUGAAAGUAAACAAUUGUCAUCGACAAUCUCGUUAUGAAAAGGUCCAGUAUAAUGAAGCAUCUUACUAAGAUGCAUCUUAUUGUAAUAUCUCUUAUGGAGAGGCUUCUCGUAGAAACUUUUACAGCUACUUUUUAGGAUAUGUUUCUGAUAUUUUCUCAAGAUAUGAAAUUAUGUAUAGGGAUGAAUAGAAUUGUGGAUACAGGAUAAAUGCGAAUGAUACUAUUGUAGUGAUAGUUUCUCAUUUUUUGUAUUCAGUAAUUAUCUGAUAAUUUGGUGCUUUCCAGCAAG